GCACCUUCCGGGCUUAGAUAAUUUCAUGUCCGUCACCUCCGAGUCGACCCAGGAGACUCCUUUUUCUUUCUACCAAAGUAUGGGUUACACGUCUGAUUCUUACAUACUGUAAGAUCAUUAUGGGGCGAAAAAGAAAGAACGCCGACAGAGGUGAGGACACGUCGGACCCGCCAACUAAGAAGCAUAUUUCCAGCACGCCAAUGCCAGAGCGCGUACAUCACUACGAGACAAUUGAUGAAGUACCGUGGGAUUUGCAGAAAUACUGGAGUCAGGGCUACUCGAUUUUCUCAAAAUAUGAUGAAGGCAUCUGGAUGACCGACGACGCAUGGUUCGGGGUCACGCAUGAGUCUGUCGCGAAUACCAUUGCGCAGCAUGUGGCACAGAUGGCACCACCCAACAAGUCUAUCAUCAUUGACGCCUUCUGUGGAGCGGGUGGAAAUACGAUCGCAUUUGCAUUGUCUGGGAAGUGGAAGAGAGUCUACGCCAUAGAGAAGGACGCUGCAACUCUGGCGUGUGCGAAACACAAUGCAGAGAUCUACGGUGUCGCCGACCGCAUAACCUGGUUCCAUGGCGACUGCUUCGAGAUCCUGGGAGCUAUGGACGGCCGGACGAGUAAGACUGUGGACGCGCUGAAGGCAAUAGCCGGUCAAUUUGGCAUCAUCUUCGCCAGUCCACCCUGGGGAGGACCUUCCUAUCGGAAUGCCGACAUCUUUGACCUCGACUCGAUGGAGCCGUACACGUUCAAUCACCUCUACCAAUCCUUCAAGAAGGUGACACCCAAUGUAAUACUCUAUCUGCCAAGGACCAGCGAUCUCAGGCAAAUCGCAAAAGCAGUAGACGGUAGCAAGAAGACUCAAAUCGUGCAUUACUGCACUAGUGGCAGUAGCCGGGCGCUCUGUGCAUAUCUGGGAGAAUGGGAGACCUUGCCGCAAUGAGAAGCGCGGCUAGAGCUUCUCGGCCCUCGCCAGCAGAAGCUUGUAUGAUAGGAAAUUGAUACCCCCAUGACUCUGACAGUGCUCUAUGUGUGUUGCCUGCAAGUACAGGACAUUGGCAGUAGAGUGAUCCGAACAUGAC